AUGGAGUCGGAGGAGUCCACCUAUUGCAAAGACCUGUUCGGCAAUGCUACCGACGAGGGCAAGGAAGUACUGGCCAAACUAGUCUAUUACCACGAGCUUAAGACUAUCAAGCUGUCGGAACCGCUGGUCACCCACACUCGCCUGACAACAGUCCUCGUGUCAAAACGAUCUCCAGCCCAAGUUCCCCCGGCGCCCGAUCCGCCAGCUCCAGCUCCAGCUCCCCAGGCCCCAUCUCCCGCGUCUGGGCAACCGGGGCCGUCCAACUGGACCGCCGGCGCAGCGAAAGCGGUCGUUACCAAGCAUGUUGCCACUCGUAAUAAGCGGAAUGGCAACCGUGUGGGCGGCCGGUGGAGUCGGGGCGUUGGAUACUGGCCGCGGAUGAUUGCAAAGGUGUUGAUGGCCAAGAUGGCGUCGACGACGGGCGGAGAGAAGAUGGAUAUGAAGUUUGAUUUUCGGGAGACCAACUCGGACGACGAGAAGGAUGAGCCGGGGGUUGGGGAUGGGAAUGGGAAUGGGAAUGGGAAUGGGGGAGAUUGGGUUGGUGGAGGCGGUGGAGGUGAUGAUGAGUUUGAUGCAGCCGAUUUGGAAGACCAGUUUUCGAGGCUGCCUGACAGCAGUGGGAACGAUGGGGUUCGAGAUGAGGACGCUGAGGAGAGCGACAAGAGCCCUCUGUUUAGCGGCAGUUAUCGGUCUGACGAUGACGACCCCGGUGACGGAGACGUUGGUCAACCGGGCAGCUCGGACAAGCCAGGUGGUGGAGACGCUAGCCCGGUAAACGACGCGCCUGCCAUUCGCACAACCAUUGUCACAGAUUCUGGGCUCAGCUUUCCUCCUACUCACCUUCCGCCUAACCCCCCUCCUAAUCCCCCUCCUAAUCCCCCUCCCGUAGACCCUCCCCAACGCUACGAGUUCACGGAAAUCCGAGAAAAGAUCGGAUACACCGGGAAUUACAAGGAAGAAUUCCCCUCGGAGGUCUGGACCGCCAUUAGGCCCUUCCGUCUACUCACUGAUCCAAAGCAUCCCCCCAGCGCAGCAGACAGCACGGCCGCCUGGAAAGACCAACGCACCAUGCUGGGCGGCCCGGACUGGCUUGACACUUACAUCCGACACACCCGUUACCUGCUCCUCUUCAAGGGAUACCCGCUCGUUGAGGACGUCGUGUUCCUUAAACACCCUAACAUCUGGAGCAACCGCGACGGCCAACCCAAAAACCCCGCCGUCGAGGGCAACAAAGCGAUCGUGGACGGAAAUAGUUACUGGACCGCGUUGGCGCUGCUGAUCUACGGCGAGGCAUCGGCCUGGGUGCGGGUAAAGUGUGAGCACCUGUAUCAUCUGGAGGACAUCCUGAAAAACAAGGAACACCCACGGCACGCGGCAUACACCGCGCUGAAUCGGGCGUCGAGGCGACCAACGGUGGCCUAUGGAAGGGCUAAAGACAUGAAGCUUGACGCCAGCCUGUGGGAUGCUCUGCAAAUUCCGGGGUGUUGGGCCACUAUGGAGGCGUGUCAGUUGACGGCCGAUUUAUACAAGCUGUAUGUGGUGCUGUACAAGUACCGGUGGAAGCACCACCAUGUUUAUGAUAUGAAGACGUUUGGGGCGUACAACAGCCGGCAUAUCUUUCUGAGCUACACGCGAGGCAACCACUUUUUCCAACCCAUGAUCCCCAAUGAAUACCUCCACACCGAGUUUAAACUCCCCCGCAUGACCCGGCAAAACACCAAAAACUACCUCUUCCAAACCACUCCUUCCCAAACCCAAGAAGGCCGCAGCAUCAUCGCCGAUGGCCCGAACCACUACCUCCGCGGCAGUGCCGAACUAGCCCCGCCUGCGCUGGCCCAGCCCCAUCUGAGCAAGACCAUGCCGCCCCGUGUGAUUGGAUACUGGGCAAAGGACGAUGAUGGUAACCGGAUUCUGACCGACCCGACCGUCUUGGAUGCGGCACACGCUGUCCCGGGAGACGAACACUUGCCGCGUGAGAUGUGUGUUCGGCGGCAGAGGGGUCCUAGAAGAACCCCUAGGCCUCUACCGCCAGAUCUAGACCCGGAGCUUUUCAAGGAUAUGACUCCGGACCAGAGAAAUGAUGCUGCGGACCUUUAUUACGCUAAGCCGAAGCGGAAACGGAAUGAGGGCGCGGGGGGUGAUGGGUAUGAGGGUGAGGAGGGCACGGAGCCAUCGUCGAAACGGCCGCGUCAUCAAACCGGGAUUGUGUCGAACUCUACUCCGUCACAAGGGCAACCUUCACCCCCUCCAGCAGCCCCAGUACCAGCACCAGCGCCAGCACCAGCACCCCCCCAACAACCCCCACAACCACCCCCACAACCACCACCAGACGACUCCUACACCGCCGCAACAGAUAAUCAGUUCAGACAGGUCCCGCUCCCAUGCAUUCGCAACUGGGCUGCCGCGCUACUCGUGGCCUCGGGAGAGGUGGCUCAAAGCUGGCCGAAAGCGGUCUGUCUGGGGAACCUGCAGCCUGUUGAAGAGGCAAAAACAGGUCGCGCCGGUGCAGCCGGGGGUGGGAGCACAACCACCACCACCACCACCACCAAGACCAACACCAGGAUUGAACUUUGUUUAUCCGGACGGCAACUUGCUCCGGAUAGUCCCCGUCGUCACCCAGCGACUCUGGAUUAG